AUGGAAAAGGCUAGGGAGGGACGGUUGUGCAAAUCAUGGGUGGAAGCCUUCAACAACGGUGGUGGAGACGAAAGGGAGAUGACCUCAUUGGAAACAUUCUCAUCCCCUAGUGGUAGUGGAAGUGGUGCAGCACAUGGACCUAAUUGGAAUUACAACUGGGGUUGGGGUUCUAGCCCUGGAGGAGGAUGGGGUUAUGGCUCUGGCUCAGGUAGGUCUCCUAAUGGGUUAGGUCGAGGUUGGGGUUUUGAUUUUGGGUCUGGGAGUACAGAGUCUGGUACUGGUUAUGGCUUUAGUGCUGGUAGUGGUGGUGGUGGUGGUGGUUAUGGAGCUGGAAGUGGUAAUGGUGGUAGCUUAAGAGGAAGAGAGAUGCCUUCGCCAGAAACAUUUUCAUCCCCUAGUGGAGAAACUGGUGUAGCUCAUGGACCUAACUGGGAUUAUAACUGGGGUUGGGGUUCUAGCCCCAGAGGAGGAUGGGGUUAUGGUUCUGGCUCAAGUAGGUCUCCUAAUGGAUUUGGUCGAGGUUGGGGGUAUGGUUUUGGGUCUGGGAGCGGGUCUAGUACUGGCAAUGGAUAUGGUUCUGAUGGUCAUGGUGAUAGUGGUGGUGAUGAUGGUCGCUCAGCUGGCUAUAGUAGCGACCCCACGCCAUCAAUUUCAAAUGAGAGAGAUCAUUGUGGCUAA